AAUCUUACCUUCUUGGUGCAGACUGUUCCCCCACCAUUUGUUUACGAACACAGCAAAGAGGAAGCACCGAUUGAUAACAGUUGAGCAGUGUAACUGAUAAGAGAGCCGGAGACGAGACCUACAGAUGCCCGGGCUAGAAAGCCAGAUGGAAACAGUUCUCACCGGUUCGCGCGAGUGUGCAGUGCAAGAUCCAGCAUCGGGAAUGGCGGCUACUAUCCAAAACACCCUCAAAGUGGCGCUGAGGAAGCGCAUGAAGGAUGCCCUCAAAAACCUGGACACGGAGGCCAUUGCCCGGCAAUCUCGAGCAGUCACGGCCAAGGUGCUGCAAAGUGAGUUUUUUCGACAGGCAACGCGGGUGAGUAUCUACCUGAGCACAGCCUCGGAAGUGGACACCACGGCGCUGCUCUGCGAGAUGUUCCGGCUGGAGAAGAUGGUCUUCGUGCCCACCUACGAGGGCACCAAGAUGAAGAUGGUCCGAUUGCGGGGCAUGGACGAGUACGAGAGCCUUCCGCUGACCAAGUGGAACAUCAAGCAGCCGGACUUCAAGGAGGCUCGUGAAGAUGCCAUGACCAAUGGACACGGCAUCGAUCUCUUCAUUGUGCCCGGGGUGGCCUUCACCCGCACUGGAGCUCGCAUGGGCCAUGGCAUGGGCUACUACGACAAGUUCCUGAAGCAGCACGCGGACAAGUAUCCGCACAAGAAGAUCUCCCUGAUGGCACUGGCCCUCAACGAGCAGAUCGUCAGCAACGAGGAGCUGCCCAUGGAGACGCACGAUGUCCGUUUGCACAGUGUAAUUACAGAAAACUAACUUUAAGCUUAUAUACAAAUUGGGGACAUACAGUGAGCUAAUACAACA